UUAUUACAUAAUAUUUUGGCCAAAUAAACCGGCGAAAAGAUCGGAAAAAGACGGUAAAACCAGCGUCGGGUUGCUAGGAAAACGGAUCGCGAGCGCGUGAGAUCGAUUUCCGGCGGAUUUCCAGGAGCCCGAGGAAUGGCGUUGAGAUCGAUUUGCCGGCUGUCAAUUGAUUCGACCUUCAGGCAGUCGAGCCAUUUCGGAGCCACCGCCCGGCCGAGACGACCGUCCUUCGACACGCUCUUACGAGGUUUCGCCGCAGCAGCUAAGGAAAUGGCACUGCCACGCGUUUUCUUCGACAUGACCGCGGACGACAAGCCCGUGGGUCGCAUCGUGAUGGAGUUGAGGAAGGAUGUUGUCCCUAAGACAGCGGAGAACUUCCGCGCUCUCUGCACUGGAGAGAAGGGUUUUGGCUACAAGGGUAGCAGUUUCCACCGAGUGAUCCCGAAUUUCAUGUGCCAGGGUGGCGAUUUCACCAAUCACAAUGGUACUGGUGGUAAAUCCAUUUAUGGCACCAGAUUCGAGGACGAGAACUUUAAACUUACCCAUACCGAACCUGGUAUACUUUCUAUGGCGAACGCUGGACCCAACACCAAUGGCAGUCAGUUCUUUAUCACCAGCGCUAAGACCAGUUGGCUCGAUGGAAAACACGUUGUGUUCGGAAAAGUUAUCGAAGGAAUGGAUGUUGUUAGAAAGUUGGAAGCUAUGGGUUCUCAGAGUGGCAAGACCUCCAAAAAGAUCAUAGUAGCGGACAGUGGAGAGAUGUAGAUCAACUAGCUGUAAUGAAUGCAUUUUUAUUUAGCUGUUGCAUACAUAUUUACUGUCUUUAUUGCCCUACUUUAUCGAUUCUCAGUGAUCACAAUUCUCUCAUCAAUGCUAAUAAUUUCUCUGAUCAAGCACGGAUAUUGGAAGCUUGUUUAAGGUAGAAACAAAGAAAAUUGCCUGCAUUGUAAUUUUUUUUCUAAAUACAAAUAAGAAUUAUUUCAGUUUCAAUUAGGAGAUAGAAAUUAUUUUCUGAUAUAUUUUUUAAAGACUUGUGAAGAUCAAUUCCGAGUUCUUCUUUUCUAUGCUUCGUUAUAGGAUUAAUAUAAUUUGUAUGUUCUUUUACAAAAAUCUGUUGUGCGGUGACUUUUGCAAAAUCCAUAUUCUUCCACAAGUACACUCGCUUAGUAUUGCUGAGUGAUUGAAGCAAAAAGGCACACAAGCAAUUGAGCUCAAAUGUUUCCUUACUAUCUUAUAUUUUAACGAUUAUUAAGAAUACAAAAGUUUUCAAUGAUAGAAUAGAUACUUGAGAUUUUGAAAUCAAUAAUUGAUGUAUUGAUUCCAGUGUGUUAACCAGUGCAUUUCUCUUUAGCAUUAUACAUUCUUUGACUUUGUAUACGUAUGUAAUACAUAUACAUAUAUCACGAUUAGAAUUCCCUUUAUAUGUUUUUAUAAAUGUAUACCAUUCCUCUGUCGAAUUAUAAAACAAAUAAUCUUGUUCAUCGUAAUGUAGGCAAUGCCUGAGAAAAUCAUCUUACUGUAAUACAACACCAACAAAUUGAAAAAUGUAGUUGCAACAGUCUGAAUAGUUCCGAUUUCUUAAAAAUAAAAUUGUUUUCAGAAAGAAAAAA